CGUCCACUGAAUCGAGUGGCUGCUCCUCCCCCACUCCCACUCUGCCGACAUCUCCGGGCCACGCCGCCUGGACCGGAGGAUACAUUGGCGAGCGGAGCGAGCAGGGGAGGGGAGCGAGCGCCGGCGCCCGUCAGCGACGUGCCGGAGAGGAGCACGGAGGCCGCGCGCAGGCGACGCCAUCGUUCUUCCACUUCCGGUGGUAAGCCCGCGUGAUAUCUAGAACAUGGUCACCAGAGCUACAAAUGGAUGAUGGUGUUCCGAUCCCUUCUCUGUGUAUCUGACUACCAACUCCUGACGGCCUGGUGCCGCAAACAGAGGAGCAUAUUCUUCUAGCUCCACAGGUUCUGAAUUCUGAGAAUUCUUGCCAGCAAUAGCAUGCUGUCUUUGCAGUUCUGAGCAGGUUGGCGUUCCAUCGCUUAUUGAGGAUCCAGAGUUUAUAACUUGGGGCGGUGGAGCUUCGAUAACUCUUCAGUUUCUACAAGUUCCCUGGCUAUGAGGUUCCUAUCAUCCGUGGAUCUGCCUUGUUAUCCGUGGAUGGCCAUGGUUAUCCUCCCCCUCCUCCUGCUCCUCAUGCCUCUCACUGCUGCCCAAUUGUGGCCAUCCUGUGGCGAGAGCGGCGACUACAAAUCAAAUAGCACCUACGAAGCCAACCUCAAGCUCCUCUCAACCACCCUCCCGAAGAAAGCAGCGUCAAGCACCAACCUCUUCGCCACCGACACCGUUGGCAAUGUUCCGAAUGUCAUCUUCGCCCUCGCACUCUGCCGCGGGGACUCCAACGCCUCUGCCUGCGAGGGCUGUUUGGUUACCGCCUUCCAGGACGCGCAGGAGCACUGCGCGAACUAUAAGGAUGCCACCGUGUACUACGAUAGCAAUCCCUGCAUGCUCAGGUUCUCCAACCAGAAUUUUCUCGCCACCACUGUCAAUGACCAUAUACUUGUCAUUGUGAGCAUCGAGAGCUUGAUGAUGAACAUCCCGACAAGAGCCGACUCCUUCAAGCUCUUGUUGUUCACGCUUCUGAACAGCACGGCUCAAUCCGCCGCGAACAGCUCGAGGAGGUUCACCACCUCGCGCUUAGACGUCAACUCCUUCCCUACGCUCUACUGCCUUAUGCAGUGCACGCCAGACCUGACCGCCAACGAUUGCACCGCAUGUUUGCAGCCUUACUUCCAGUAUACAGUCAAAUACAUGGAUGGUAAGAAAGGUGGUCGAGUACUGGGGACACGGUGUACCAUGAGGUACGAGAUAUUCCCAUUCUUCCAAGGGGACCCCAUGCUGCGUAUUAUCAACUUGGUAUCUGAAGUUCCGGCGAUCAACAACACCACGCCACUGAUUACCGUGAACCCAUCUCCACAGUCGCAGUCGCCGUCGCCUGUUGCGGCACCACCACCUCCGGGGGCGCAAGCGACCACCAAAGAAAUUCAUGGACGCAAUUCACGCCAGAGGCCACUCUGGAUUAUCGCUGUGGCAGCUCCAUUACUGUCAAUAUUUCUGUGCGUUAUCUGUUUUGUUGUAUGGAUGAGAAGGCGAAGAAAAGGAAUGGAAAUCUUACAUGAUCAAGCUGCCAUGAAUAGGCCGGAAGAAGACGCGUUGGUUUGGAGAUUGGAAGGGAAGAGUUCAGAGUUCACUCUGUUUGACUUAUCUGAGGUAUUGCGUGCUACACACAACUUCUCCAAAGAAAACCUACUUGGGCAAGGUGGUUUUGGCCCUGUCUACAAGUUUUGUACAUACUUCCAGGGCCAGUUACCAGAUGGAACAGAAAUUGCAGUUAAAAGGCUUGCCUCACAUUCAGGACAGGGUUUCACAGAAUUCAAAAAUGAAGUUGAACUUAUUGCAAAACUACAACACAGUAAUCUGGUCAAGCUCAUGGGAUGCUGCAUUAAGGGAGAGGAAAAACUUUUGGUGUACGAAUAUUUGCCAAAUAAGAGCUUGGACUUCUUCAUCUUUGAUGUUAGCCGAACAACUUUGGUUGAUUGGGAAAAACGGCGUGUCAUAAUUGAAGGGAUAGCCCAAGGUCUUCUAUAUCUUCACAAGCACUCUCGAUUGCGCAUCAUACACAGAGAUCUCAAGGCCAGCAACAUUCUCUUGGACCAGGACAUGAAUCCUAAAAUUUCUGAUUUUGGGCUAGCAAAAAUUUUCAGCUCCAAUGAUACUCAAGGAAGCACAAAGAAGGUGGUGGGAACAUAUGGUUAUAUGGCUCCGGAGUAUGCAUCUGAAGGCAUUUACUCGAUCAAAUCUGACGUUUUCAGCUUUGGUGUGUUACUUCUCGAGAUCCUUAGUGGAAAAAGGAAUUCUGGUUUCCAUCAGCAUGAAGACUUUCUUAACCUCCUUGGAUAUUCAUGGCAUCUCUGGGAAGGAGGGAGAUGUCUUGAGCUUCUAGAAGCAUCGAUUGUUGAGGAGAUCCAUGCAGCGGAGGCUAGUAGGUACAUUAACAUUGCGCUAAUGUGUGUACAAGAGCGCGCAGACGAUCGACCAACCAUGUCGACUGUCGUCGCAAUGUUAAACAGCGAGAAUGUUAGUCUUCCAGGGCCUAAACAUCCGGCAUACUUCAACCUACGGGUAUCCAAGGAAGAUGAAUCGGGUAGUGUUCCAUACAGUAAUAAUGCCGACACCAUCUGCAGUAAUAAUGACUUGACCAUCACUGAGGAGCCAGAUGGCAGAUAAUUGAUCACUUUGAUUCAGUUGUUGAUGGGAAUGCUAGCAAUCAGACAGUAGGCGGGCAGACCAGGUCAAGUGAACUAGGGCAGACCAAGUAAGCCUAUCAUAUUUUGGUUAUGAAGGACGACGACCGGCGUAUCUCUGUAGCGGUUGUUCUCUCCUGCGGUGAAUGAAGCUCUGUCGGUAUGCAUAGGCUGUAUUGAUAUGUGGGUUAAUACUGUCAUUAUUACUGCAGUGGUGGUCGUGUAGGAAAAGCAUUACGGGUAGUAUUUACUAGCUUUUGUGCACCGCACCAUCGUUUUCCACUGGUGGCUGCUGCUGUAGACUUUAAAGGAAGACUUGAAAUCCAAAGGAUUUCAAUCUGAUAACAGAUGCAUUUUUGCACUGGUGGCUGCUGCUGUAGACUUUAAAAAGAAGACUUGAAAUCCAAAGGAUUUCAACCUGACAGCAGAUGCAUUAACUGAAUCCUGCUGGGUAAAGUAUGUGUUGCAUCUA